GCGGAAGGCGCGAGGAUCGGGGAGAGGCAGAAAAUGGCGGCGAGUGGAUUCUGAUCGGCGAUAAGUUGUACUCCAGCAUCGCCCUCACCCUGGAAAACUGCCUCAUUUCUGAAGAAAAACUUUCUUUAACGGCCUCUGUAACCGAUGGGCUGGAUCCGGAGGUGGAAACCGACUUGCGAAUAGUGGGAUGCGAGUUAAUCCAAGCCGCCGGCAUUUUGCUUAAGCUACCUCAGGUAGCAAUGGCAACUGGGCAAGUUUUAUUUCAGCGGUUCUUCUAUUCAAAAUCCUUCGUGAAGCAUCCUAUGGAGAUAUUAUCAAUGGCUUGUGUUCAUUUGGCUUCUAAAAUUGAGGAAGACCCCCGGCGUAUUCGGGAUGUUAUCAAUGUGUUUCAUCAUUUACGAAAACUCAGGGAGAAGAAACCUCCUGUGCCACUUCCUUUGGACCAGAGUUAUGUCAACCUAAAGAACCAAGUGAUCAAGGCAGAAAGACGAGUGCUAAAGGAGCUGGGAUUCUGUGUUCAUGUCAAGCAUCCACAUAAGAUUAUCGUAAUGUACCUUCAGGUGUUAGAAUGUGAACGUAACCGGCCUCUGGUCCAGACUGCAUGGAAUUAUAUGAAUGACAGUCUGCGAACAGAUGUAUUUGUGCGGUACCAACCGGAAACUAUUGCCUGCGCGUGUAUCUACUUGGCUGCUAGGGCACUUGAGAUCCCACUUCCAAAUCGCCCCCAUUGGUUUUUAUUGUUUGGGACAAGUGAAGAAGAAAUGAGAGAAAUCUGUGUGAAAAUAUUAAAGCUGUACACCAGGAAAAAGGCAAAUUUGGAGCACCUUGACAGUGAAGUUGAAAAGCGGAAGGUGGCUCUUCAAGAAGCAAAAGCAAAAGCUAAGGGCCUUUUGCCAGAUGGUACUCCUGCAUUAGAGGCUCCACCUAGCUUCUCUCCAUCUUCAAAACCAGAUUCUCCGAAGGAUGGGAAGUUCGAGAAACCUUCACCACUGUCCAUUCAGGCAAUGAAAAAUGCUAGAAAGAAACUGGAUGAGGAAGAAAAGUGGCCCCGAUCUACUAGUCCAUUAAAUGGUGUUCAAAAGGGGAAGAGCAGCCGAAGUCGAAGCAGAAGCAAAGACCGCAGUUACUCGAGAUCUCGCUCUAGGUCACAUUCCCCAAGGAGGCGAAGAACGAGAAGUCGCUCUGGAUCUAACAGCUCUCGAUCCCACAGCCAUUCCAGAAGCCGCAGUGAUUCCCCUCCACAACGACACAAACGAAGCUCGCCUUACAUUGGCAGGCAGAAGGCUAAGGAAUAUGACGAUAUGCGAGAAUACAAGUAUAAUGCUCACAAACGCAGGCGAUCACACAGCAGGAGCUACAGUAAAAGUUUGUCAAGAUCCAGAAGCAGGUCCAGAGAGCGCUUGGAUUUUCCUCGGAAGCACAAAGAAAGUAGAAGCCAUCAUAGAGAACGAAGGCAUGAGCAAUCCCGAUCCUAUGAAAGAUCCACAAAGCAUCACAACAGUCAUUCUAGUCAUAAUAGACACAGGCGGUGAUGGACUCAGCCUGUAUCCUUGUAGUUUGCAUUGCCUUGUAUUACUCCAGGAUUUAUACAUAAUCUCUAAACUUCGUUAAAGAGAUUUAAGUGGUUCCUUCUGUAAAUUGCACUGCUAGUUUUCUGAAGGGAAAUGUAGUGGCUCCUGCUGAUGUACUUGUAGGGUUUUUGAUAGUGUCUCACCUAGAGUUGGUCAACUUCAUAUUAAAAUUUCUGAAACUUCGAUGUACAGGUUUACAGUCUUGUGUUAUUUCAGGGUUUAUUUAUUUUUAAUUUGCUGGUGUUAAAUGUGAUUUUUAAAAAUUUGAUUUGUUUGUAUAUAAGGCCAUAACCAGACAUGUAUGUGCAUGCUUCUGGGUUGGGGAAGAGCAAGUGAGAGUUCUGGUUCAGUUCGGUGCACAUUGUUGGCAUUUCUAAAGGGGUGCCCAGUCAGUGCCAAUUUCAUAUUGCAAGACUUUUAUUUAAAAUCUCUUUUGAAUGUGUGAUUGAAUACUUGCCAUCUGUUAUCUUGUACUCAGUCCCAACUAUUAUACUUUGAUUGCUGUUACAGUUUUUAAAGAUACAUGGCUACUUAUUGCUGCUGCAUACGUAAAUACUUCUCAGAAAGUAGCCAUGCUCUUUGUGGUUGUGUAAAAUACCUUAAUAUUUUUCUUUGGCAAAUAAUGUACCUAAGUGUGGUUACUUGUAAGUUGUAAAGAGAUUUUCUUUUUUUGUGUGGAGGAGGAUUGGUUAUUCACCGCUGAUAAUUGUCUAUUCAAGUGUAUGUGUUCUGUUCUAUUAAUAGAAUAAGUUGCUUAACCAGGAGAUACUGUACAUAGGCCUUUUAAUGUAGUGCAGUGAACAUAUAUGUGCCUUGGAAUAUGUAAGUUUUAUGAAUUACAGCUGGGAUUUGAAUAUGCAUAUACUGUAAAUAAAUUUUUUAACAAAGAAAAAUUGAGUGCAAUGA